AUGAACGACGCAACUCAUGAAUUUUUAGCAAUUCUAAUUGAUGUCAAUCCUCUUGAAUGGAAGGAAAUGAAAGAUAUUAAGUUUGAUGGAUUUAUGAACCAUUUGUUUCUGUACUUGAAGCAAAUGAUUCUUUCAGAUUGUAUUCUUCCACCUUGCGUAUUAGCUUAUAACCAAAGUCAUGCCGAAUUCAUUUUCCCAGAACCUGGCCGUACAAAAGAUGUCAUAAAUCAAAAGUUCAAUCCAACAAACCAAGAACAAAUUAAAAAUUAUUUCGAAAAUAUCAUCAUUCAGAUUGCAGAAUUUAAUGGCAGAUCAGCUAGUAUACCACCAACACCACAUGUUCGUCUUGAUGUUGCUCUUUCAAAAUCUUUAUGUUUAAUGAAUAAUUUACCUAAUAAAAACAUCAAAAAGAGAAUACUUGCGUUUUCAGUUUCUCCUGAGACUGGCUCACAGUACGAUAAUCUUUUAUUCGCUGCUAAAAGGCUUGAUGUCGUAAUCGAUGUUUUAUUCUUAAAUUCAAAUAGAUUGUGCUUCCUCAGCCAAGCUGCCGAUCUUACUCAUGGUUUUUCAAAGACAAUCAAGAUGGGCGCUGCUUUGGCUCAAUAUUUAUUCUCAUUACCACCAACAACCGUACGAGACUUAAUGGCAUUACCAGCACCUGAGCCGCUUGAGUAUUCGGCCCCUAGCGCUGAUACACAUAAAAUGAUCAGCAGAGGUUACAUUUGCCCUGUCUGUCUUUCAAUACUUGAAGAAGCCUGCAGAACAUGUCCAAUUUGUAACACUAGGUAUGGAAGUGUGAAUUUCUAUAUCAACCAAACAGAAUUUAAGAGUGAAGAAUUGAAAAAUCUCUUAUAA